AUGCAGUUGUCGCGUACAGCCUACCGUGCAGCCCUCUUUCACUUCAGUGUGAAUCCGAUCUUUGCUCGCGCCUCCAUUCCCAGUGCCUGGUCCCUCGGCGCCUCCACGCAGCUACCACAAUCCUCGGUGACCUCCUCCCGCCUCUACAGCAUCCUCUUCCCACAGUGCGCACCUGGCAACAGAUCCUACGAAUCAAUCCGCUACUCGCACACGAUGUCCUCCUCUACACCCCCUGCAGACGGGACCUCUUCAAAGCAAGAGACCGGCGAAGCGCAACCCCAGGAAAACACCCAAGCGGAGGCUUCCAAGGAACAGCUGUUUCUUCCACCGACCGAGUCGUCUGGCGAUGGACAGCCAAAACAACUUCGCCUCGACCUCGGCGCUGAUGGAGGCGUCACGCUCGACCACCUCGGGCCGAUGGUUGUCAAUGUUGACGGGACGCUGUCGCGGAUCGGCAAUUGGGAGCAGAUGACGGAGAUCGAGCGCAAGAAUACGUUACGUAUCUUGGGGAAGCGAAAUAAGCAGCGCUUGGAAAAAUUGAGGGCUGCUGAGGCUGCUGGGGAGUCGAAAUAA